AUGUUCUAUUGGGGCGAGCGCGACGGCCUUGACCUGGGCAUGCGGCGCGCCGAGGCGUUCAGCGUGCUGGUCGGAUCCCAGGUGGCCUAUUUCGUCAACUGCCGCUUCCUCAAGGCGUCCACGCUCCACCCCCGCGUGCUGCACGGCAACCGCAUCGCCUACGCGUCCAUAUUCUCUACCCUCGCCCUUGUGGUCUUCCUGGUCUACACCCCGGGCGUCAACGCCUUCUUCCACCAGGCCCCCAUGAACGGCAUCCAGUGGGCGCGCACCAUCUGCUGCAUCGCCGCAGUCUACCUGAUCGUGGAAGCUGAAAAGGCGGCCGUGGAUCCCAUCGUGAUGCCCGUGCUGCGCCCCGCCAUGUCUUGGAUGGAGGCGCGCGUCCCGUCCUGGCUGUCCUUUGAUUGGUCCCCCGAGCGCGCGCGCCGCGCGGCCGCGGCGCUGUGCGCGGCCCCGAAGGUCAAGACGGGCCCGCUGCACCGGCGCAGCGCCGUGCGGCGCGUGGCGAGGGGCGGGAGCUUCCUGGCGGCCGGGCCGGGGGGGGCGCCGGCGCCGGCGCCGAGGGGCGGCGCGGUGGGGGAGGAGGCGGCGUGA